UUUUAAAAACAAACUCUUAUUUUUAUUCUACUAAAAAUCUGAAGGAAAUGAGAUUAAAAAAUCUGGUCUUAAAAUUAAGGGUUAAGGAUUCAGCUCGAGCACAUACAAGCAAGGAAAUUAAGACCUGAGGUUGCUCUGGGUUUCUGUGCUUCUCCCCACCCCCUUCAAAUAUUGUGUGGGGGUGUAAGCUGCAUGAUGUUGAUUAAAGUCAAAGGGAGAGAUUUAGUUAAAAGCUUCCCACCACUUGGAAUCUUUAGAGUUCUGAUCUGCCAGCUGUAUAUUUACUGGUUUCUUCAUAAUGCAUUCCUGAAAAUUAUAAUGUUUUGCUGGGACAAAGAAGAAAAUUUAGGAGAGAGCCUCCUGAUUUUGGUUAGGUUCUUAGUCGCUAUUUCCCUCAGGGUUAAGGAAUAAAGGAUGAACACAAAAUGUAAAUUCAGUAUUUUAUAGAUCAUAAAGAGUUUGUAUAUUUGUCAGCUGAAUUGCCCUGCAAUGUGUUCUGGCCAUAUGUCAGAGGAAGUCUUAUGUGAAUUUGCUGUAUGGAUGAAAUAUCUCUGUUUGCUUUCAGGUCUUGAGUCUAAAUUUAAGAACUUAUAAAAAUGGGCAGAAUUUUCUUGGACCAUAUUGGUGGCACUCGUCUGUUCUCCUGUGCAAACUGUGAUACAAUCCUGACCAACCGCUCUGAGCUCAUAUCAACUCGCUUUACAGGGGCCACAGGGAGAGCCUUCCUUUUUAAUAAGGUGGUAAAUCUGCAAUAUAGUGAAGUUCAAGAUCGGGUCAUGCUCACUGGCCGCCACAUGGUUCGAGAUGUGAGCUGCAAGAACUGCAACAGCAAACUGGGUUGGAUCUAUGAAUUCGCCACUGAAGACAGCCAGCGCUACAAGGAAGGCCGUGUUAUCCUGGAAAGAGCUUUGGUCCGAGAGAGUGAGGGAUUUGAAGAGCAUGUUCCGUCCGAUAAUUCCUGAAGAGACUUCAGCCUCUUUCCUGGUUUUCUUCAGUGAAACUCAAAAAAUAAAAAAUAAAAAAAAAAAAAUUCUACUUAUAUACACUGUCACCUUCACAUCAGAGUUGGAUUCAUUGAACUAUGGACUGGGAAAGAUUGUGAGAGUAUUUCAGAUGGAAACUUCCUUUCUUUAUUCCUUUAAUUUUUACUUUUCUCCAAACAGGUGUUUGUAGAGAAUGUUGAACAGAUGCUGUAAUUUUUUUCUCCUUUGUGUUUACAUCUCUUAGAUCUGAGAUUGUAUCUGCAGCUAACAGUGGGCUGAAAUGAAAAUAAUCCAGUUAUGUCUUUUUGUUAGAGAAAUCAGUGGUUUUUAGUUCAUAUAAACUGAUGCAUCAAUAGAAAAUUAUUUUAUGUCCAAAGGUGUUUUUUUAAUUUACUUUCCAAUUUUUGACCUAAGUUUUUAACUUUUUUUUACCCAGUCAUUUCACCAGAUAUACUAGUUUAAGAAAAGACAUCUGAAUUUGUGAUGAGUGAGUGCAAAAGGUUCAGUGUUGGUACGGCUUGUGCUGGCCAUUGUGCCAUAUUCUUGUUGAGGUUGAUCGGUAGCACAGAGCCCAUUUUUUCUUGUCAUUCUUGACCCAAAGAUGUCACCAGUGUUCAUUUAUUAGUAAAGUCCCUUUUACCAUGUAACUGCUGAUUGGAAGCUAUUUUUGAAAUAGGGCAAAACUGCUUGGCUUUUUUUCUUUUAACUGAUGUAAUUUAUAAGCAUAGUAAUAAUCUAAAGUAAUUGUCUGUUUAGUCUUGUGUUGCUUUAAAAAUCAGAAGCUGUUUGUAAUGAUGGGGUUUACUGAGUAACUACUGUUACGGUAGUGAAUGUGGUUUUUUCCUUUUCAUCUCUUUAUUAACCUCAUUAAGUAGACAAAACUAUUGCAAAUCUUAAUUCUUAUUCAUAUGGUUUUCUUUUUUUAACCCAAGACUUUGUGUUUUAAACACAGCUACAGGGUAGGAGGAGGAGAAUGCUAGCAUGUGCAUUCAUGCGUACAGCGUACAAUCAGCAACUUUUUUAAACAGCUUGUUUUCAAAUGCUGCUUCUGGUAUUUAAACUUGUAUCUCUCUCUCAAAAUUUUGUUGCAUCUUUCUAUUGUGAUGUUACACCUUUUUUGUCUUUCUGACCAGCAGAACAGGCUUGCCUGGUUGUAAUUACUGACUUGAUUCCUGCUUCCUUCCUGUAGAAGUCAACUAUUUUAAGAUAUUGAAAUCUUACUUAUCUCUUGGCAAAAAUGUUCUCCAUUACCUUUUUUAAGGGUGCCCAAACAUUGUGACUUGGAACCACACUGAUAACUUGCUAAGAGCCCAAUGGUUGCACCUAAUUUGAAUGUUAGUUAUGUAUUGUUCUUUAUCAGAAAUAAAUAUGCAUAGAUAUA